AUGGCCCUCCCCCCCAAGUACGCUGCGUCACACAUCCUGGAGCUUGGCUCUGGAGACGAAACAGUGAAUGUUGACCUCUUCGUCGACUUCAACUGUCCCUUCUCCAAGAUCAUCUGGGACAAGAUUGAGAACCCUGGCACAAACGCCUUGUUCGAACGAGUUGGUGAGGUCAAGGGUCGAAAGCUGCGAUUUGUCUUCAGAAACGUUCCCCAGCCCUGGCAUCCUCAAUCCACUCUGCUACACGAGGCGUCUCUCGCUGUGGGCCAGCUCGCACCUUCUAAAUUCUGGGAGUUCGCUAAGAUCCUGUUCGAUCACCAGCCCGAAUUUUUCGACACAGAGUGCGCUGAUGAAACUCGUGGUGAGACAUAUAAAAGACUUUCCAAGCUGGCAGCCGAAGUUGGAGUCGAGGAGUCGAAGUUCCUCGAGCUGUUGACCGUCGGAAAGUCAAAGGAUGGCAAGCCAUCCAACACCGGCAAUGCAGUCACUAAUGAUCUUAAGCCCUUCGUCAGAUUCCACCGACAAAAUGGUGUCCACAUGACACCUACUGUUGCUAUCAAUGGAAUUGUGGAUCCUGCUUUUGAGUCUUCUACACCCGUGGAUGUUUGGAUCGAGAAGCUUUCUAAGUGA